GUCUUUAAUUCCCAUUUGACUGUCGCGUGUAUUUGCCUGGAGGCGAAUCAGUGAGUGAGAGGAGCAGGAAGGGCUCCUCCUCCUCCAUCCUCCAUCCUCGAAGCGAAGCCGUCCCUCUCCAUCUAUCUAAUUGUAUCAAAAUCCACGGAGGCUUCGAUCCAUGGGCAUGGCGAACGAGGAGAGCUCUCUUCUUGCGCCGCCGGCCCCGGUCGCUGACCCCAACGAGAUCGACCUAGAAGCUGGCCCAGGCGAGCAAUUCCAGUGCCGGAUCUGCCUCGAAACCGACGGGCGGGAUUUCAUAUCGCCGUGCAAGUGCAAGGGGACCUCCAAGUACGUCCAUCGUGAAUGCUUGGACCACUGGCGAUCUGUCAAGGAAGGUUUUGCAUUUGCACAUUGCACGACUUGCAAGGCUCCUUAUUAUUUGAGGGUUCAUGUUCAUGUAGAUAGGAAAUGGAGAGUUUUGAAAUUUCGGUUCUUCGUCACUAGAGAUAUACUCGUUGUAUUUGCAGCCGUUCAACUUAUAGUCUCUCUAUUGGCAUAUGUGGUCUACUUGAUUGAUCGUUCUCAAGACAAUUGGUUGCGGUUGGCUUGGGGAUUUGACGGUGAAAGUAGUUUCUACUAUAUAUGCGGGGCUCUAUCAUUUUUCGCUCUACUAGGAUUAUCUGGAUGCUUUAUUACCUGCUAUGAUCGAAGAGUGCGUAAUGAUCUGGCUCAGCCAUGUAGAGAGUUGUGCCUUUGUUGCUGUCAACCUGGGUUUGCAACUAUUUUUCUAAUGUAUGCCGACUGUCAUCUCCCGGGAACUCUUUGUAUGUGGACUGACUGCACUACAUGCUUUGAGAGUUGUGCGAGUUCAGCUGGAGAAUGCGGAUGCUUAGGAGGGGCCAGCGAAGCUGGGCCACCUUUACUUUUUAUCGUAGCACUCGUCGUUCUUGGGCUCUUCACUGUCAUUGGCAUAUUCUACAGUGUUCUUGUGGCAACGAUGGUCGGCCAACGAAUCUGGCAGCGCCACUACCAUAUACUUGCCAAACGAAUGCUAACAAAAGAGUACGUCGUUGAAGAUGUCGGUAACGAGGGCACCGAUUGGCGCCCGCCACCGCUACCACAAGAGCAUGUUCAGCAGCUAAAGUCGCUUAGACUCCUGUAGUUCAACAUUUGAAGACAUUUAAGUUAGCAUUGCACUUUAGAGACGGAUCGUAUAUAGGCAUGUAUAAAAAAUAAAGUGUCCAAUUUGGCCACUACAUUUCUGUUAGAGGUACGCUCGAUGCUUUGCUUUGUAAAUAUGCAGAAAAAUAUAGUGGAAAUCAAGUAUUCGGCACUGCCUUCUACC